AUGUCGUUUUCGUCAGCAGAGAGCCGAGCAUUUAUUCCUCAGCCUUCUCCUCUCCUGACAGAGGUUGAUCCAGGUCCAAUUCCAUCUGGGGAUGCUCAGGCGCGUCCAGAGCUGAAAGUGAUAAUUCAACCUCCCCUAGCUUCACAAAAUGUCGAAACUGGAACAUGGAGGAGCCAACCCCGGAUUGGUGACUCAGAAUAUCGUCGAAGGUAUCGUUCUGGUCCUAGCCGCCGGAGAGGUGCAACUUCUUUGGGAGAAGCUGGUUCAGACGCCCCACAGCAAAACCAACCCCCAAGUAUCGGUCACCGGGCAUCAUUCGGCCACACAAUGCCUGCGAAUCUCAAUUCUAUGAUCUACGUUCCUAAUCUCGACGACACGUUUAAUCGCGGGGCAGUUCCGCUAGAUGAUAUUAAAGAAGCUUCUGAACGACAGACUAUUACCCCAGAAAACAUUUUGGACCGCUCGCAGACGCCUUUGCGGCAGUCCGCACGUCACACAAACCGAGUCGGAACUGGCCGAAUAAGUCAUGAAAACCAUCGUGGCUUCGGGAACACGGCACCUACCCGUCCUCUCUCGGGACAGUUUGAUGGGGAAUCUGCCCCUGCGGAGGAAACGAAUCCACCACCUAUUGCCAAGACAUUUGUUCGUCCGAUUCCUCCGUUGGAAUUGCUAGAUUACCCGGUAAUAUUCAAUCCCAGGGUAACCAUGAACAUGGCUACAAGCUCGCCGUUAUAUGUAGGUGGCGGCUGUGUAGAUGGUAGGCUCAAUAUCCAUAUACGUGGAACAAGUCUAGAUGAUAUCAGAUUGGGCCGUGUAGGGAUCGAUAUAGUUGGAGUUGAAGAAAUCUCAUUUUUCCCUAUUCUUCUUCCUACAGAUUUUGAUCAGAAAACAUUCUGGAAAGUGAAACCUUCGCGAUCCUUUCUUCCCUUUCGCCUGAACCUACCACUGAACGUUGGUCCCGGUCCAUUUCAAUCUGUCAAAGCUCGGAUACGAUAUAUCAUUCAUGGGACCGUAAUGUAUACCGUCAACGGUAGAAAGAAUAUAGUCCGCUGUUGCAGGGACAUUCGCGUGAUCUCAGCCUUAGAUCCUGAAAGAGCUCUAUUACCCCUGGAAACCCCGCUACUAACCACUGAAGAGGGCCCGCUGAGGUGGGGAGGGUAUGACACGUUGAAGGUCACGGCAGGCUUGCAUCGUGCGGUAUGGGUUUCUGGAACCGUGGCAUACGUCGACGUGAACAUCGUGAACAAUACACGUAGGAGGGUUAAUACAAUCCGAUUGAAGCUAAGGCGGCAUAUACUAGCUUAUAAAAAUACCGUAGCAUUAGCAGAAAAUAAAUCUGCUGGACAUCUUAGGGUUCCCAGCUGGAUCGAGCAUAAAACACUUGCGCAGUCUGAGUUGAAUGUAGGGAGGCGUUGGAAAGGUGUUAAGGGUAACCAAUUGGAUGUUGUGACCUGUGAGAUCGAAAUACCAAGGAACCAACUAUCUGUGAAGAUGGGUCGGUUCUUUGAAGUUAAGUAUUUUGUAGAUGUUGCCGUGUGCACUCUUGCGGCGAAAACCAUAAGGUGUCAGCUACCUCUAACUAUCAUUCAUAUGAACUCGCUUGAUAUAAUGCCGAAUCAUCUUUUACAGGUGGCCGAGGCCUUCGGAGAAAAGUACGGCACUGGACGAGGCUACCAAAUCGCAGGACGUGCGUUCACGGCACCCCGGGAAAGUGUACUAAUCCCAGAACGCAAGGGGUCACUUAGGCAUAAACAUAGUCAUAUGAACCCAGCCAACCCCAAAGUGAUCACCUCUACAAAAAACUCAUCUGGCAGAAACUCAGGAGUGUUGAUACCGGGUCUCGAAGAAAAGAAGCCUUCUCCAGACAGUACUAAUAUAGAUGUUCCUAGUCUCGGGCCCGGCAACCCAUGGGCCGCGGGAAUGGGUCCCGAGCAACAGAGGGAAAUCCGGGAAGAGCAGCAGAAACAGUAUCACGAUGCUGAAAGAAGAAGGUCAAGUGCAGUUUCAUCAUUCGCGGAGGGUUCUAGAGUUACCAUGAGGAGAGUCAAUAAGGACGACGAAAUACUGGGGGGUAUGGGGGGCUACGGGAGCGUCCUGCAGGAUAGUCUUAUUUAG